UUAAAAAAACAGUCGUUUGCUACAUUUGACAAUUACUUGACUAGUCUCAGUCUAAACAUGUGUAUUGGUAAAUCCAGAAAAAAAAAUCGAUAACGAAGUGAAAUUCAUGUCUACAGUAUAAAGAGGGUCAGGUGUAUCUACAAUAUUUGUAAAAUUCUUUUUAAACUACUAUAAAACGUCAAUUGAGUGAAAUAUUCUUUUUAGAAUUGUAUGACCAACAAUAAUCGAAAAUUACUUCAUUGCUGAUGUAGAUGAUCACCCAAUUCGUGACAGUAUUUUCAGAAACAACUCGACUGAUGUAGUAUCCUUAUGUUACGAUAAAAAUCGUGUCACCUAAUGUUCAUUGCACCGUGUGCCUUUCUUCAAGCACAUACAUGUGUUUUGGUUGGCAAAUAGAAGUUGCCAUACAUUAUCAAGCUCUCCAUUUGCUACAUCACAGAUGGAUAUUGUUAUAUUUUUGGUAACCCAUUUGAUCUGUUAGAUACAUGCUUGCCAUAUUAUUAUGAUCAGCAUUGACCACUUUGAAUAAUUACUAGAUUCAACACCCACAACAGUUUAACUGCAAUUAUUCGGAGAACAUUUUCUUGGCUGCAGGCAUUACUGGCAGAACAUACAUAUGAAAUUACUUAGUAGGAGACUGCACUGCUGCAGUCCUUCCCAUUCUUUUAUGACUUUCUUCGUAUCUGAUUCAAUGUCAGACUGUUCUGCAGUUGGUUCUGUAUGGUCUAGCUUAGUUGACAAAUAACAUGUACUUCAGGCCAGAGAUUCUCUGUUGAGACGAGUUCAUACUACUCCCAUUCUACUCCCAUACUACUCCCAUUCUAUGAGACUCCUACAUGGAAAUUUCUAUUGUACUGGUGCAUUUUUACAUUGUAAAAAGUACAAACCAGUUUCAUAUUGUUGGUGAAAUGUGGGCAACAGAAGAGGAUUAGAGUGUGAUAAUGUCCUCCUUCAAAAUCUUGGUUGUGGUAAAUCUCUAGUGUAGCCCAAGUUUUGGGUCAUGUAUGAAUCGUCAGCUUUGACCAGUGAUGUAAAACUAAUGGCUGCUGUGAUGUUGCAUUUUGUUUUGUUACAGAAAUGUAUUGUGCCAUCUUGAUUGCUGCCAUAAUUUUGCUUUCACCUCCAGUAAUAAAUGCUGAGAAAGGAGAUGAGGAUGAUAACUGGGUUGAUCCAUUCUAUAUAGACAGUAAGAUGAAUACUGCUGCCGAUGACUGGAUGGACCCAUUAGAUUUGGAAGGUCACAGGAACUUGCAGAAGACUCUAAUAAAAUCUUCAUCUGAGAAUGUGAUUAUCAAACAAUUACCAGAAGAAAGUAAAAAUGCUGAACUACCAGGAAAUGUAGAGAGCACCAAAAAAAAUCUACAAAUAAAUGAAGAGAUGGAAGUUUCUACAAAUAUGCUUGAAAAAAAUGAAGGAGAAAGUACAGAAACUGAAAGUAAAACAAAGUCUGAUGAAAAUUUGCCAAAGGAAGACAUUUGUCGAUGUGCAAAAAAUGAAAUGGAGCAUAACUUCCUGCGAAGAUUUAUUAACUUACUGGUGAACAUUUGUGUCAGUAAAAAUAACGAAAUCCAAAAAAAGAUUUCAGUUACAUUAGAAAUUUCACCAGAGGAACUGAAGCAACUACAAAGACUGAAAGAUGACACAGAUGUUGCCCCAGCCAUCAGACUGCUAAAUACCAUAAUCUCAGAUAUGAAAUUUAAUGACCAUGAGGAAGACUACUCUUCAUUUUUUCAUGGGGUUAUACGAAUGAUUUCUUCAAAAGAGGUCUGGAUGGAAAUUGGUGUAAUCAGUUUUGCCAUCUUACCAUCAUUUUUGUUCAUACUGGGUGGAAGAAUAACAAGAAUUAUUUGUAUCACAUUACUUAUGACUUUUUCUGUGAGCUACUAUGGAACUUAUAGAUUCCUUCGGAUGAAAGCAAGAGAAAAGAACGAGAGAAUAUUAUCAGACACAUUAACAUGUACACCACAGGAACGAUCUUGGUAUCACAGUAUAUUUGGGUCCAGCAGUGAUAGUGAAUGCCAGAAAAGAUGGAAUGCUUUGCACAUUGACCCCUCUGAUGAAGUUACACCAGUGAAUGUCAUAUCCCAUAUGAUAGGAGUUAUCAUAUUCCAACCAUUGGAGCAGUUUGGGAUCAUGUUUUCAAGUUUUUCAACCCAAAUAUUUGAAUCACAACCAUUCUUGCGUGGAAUGGUUGUCUAUGCAACAGCUGUCAUGAUCAUUAUUAGUGUGAUCUUUUUCUGCUGUUAUGGGCUGCAUGGUAGAAGCAGAGGUCUUGGAAGCCACAAUUAUCCUUAUACAUUUGCAGGUCAGCGAUUUCGUGAUACAGAACCAGAUGCUAGCUCAUUUCAUCCAGAUAGUAGAAGCCAGAUAUUCAAUCCCAGAGGAAGAAAUAGUGUACCAGGCUCAUCGUAUGAAGCGCUUCCUCAGCAACCAGUUUAUAUUAUUACUAACUACACUGAUCGUAUCCCAAAGAACUCUCUUACUAAAAAAGUCAGAAUAAAACAACAACUUCCUGGAAAAGGGGAAAGUUCCAGUUCUAAAAAGAAAUCAGGAAAGUCACUUAAAAGAAACACUAAAAAUAAUUGCAUCAUAAAUGAUAAUACUGAAAUAAACAAUGUUUCAUCAGAUAAAAUUGAGACUACUGAUGAUGAAACUUUGUAAUUGGCGCUAAAGCACUCAACUUGUAUGAUGAUAAUGUCUGAUGCCUAAGGAAAAAGAUAAAGAUUUUGGAAAUUAUCAAUUCAGGGUAAACCUCUGAACUUUCAUGUGUGUAUGUAAAUCGAAUUUCACUUGGUUGUGAACAGAUAUUACUUUUUAAAUAUUUGUUUACUGUUGUUUUUUUGAGGAUAUGAUUCUGGAACAUGUAUUGAAGAUCCUUUUUGAUAGAACACUGCAUUCUUAUUCGUCUAUUAAUCCAUUUGUUAUGAAAUAAAGUUGUAAUACAAAAUCCA